AUGGGUGAGGGGGACGGAAAUUGUUUGGCGGAUCACGAGGAUGGUGGCGGAAAUUGGUGUUGUCGGCAGCUCCUGCCCUGCCGCCUGUCUGCCCUUGCCGAGGACUGGCACCAGGCCGGCAUCAUACUGAUUGAUGCCAGUGGCUACAGCGACGGGGACAUCAGAAGGUUCGCCGAGGGCCUGGACAUAGUAAGGCCCGGCACCCGCGUUGGCUUCCCGCCCUCUCCCGCAGGCCCGCUGGCCCGAGACCCGAGGCGGAUCCCACCAGGACGGAGAUUUUCGCUGGCCCGCUCCGCCUUGUACCGCUCCACGACGAGCGGGAAUUCGACGGUGUUUAUCCUCGCGGGCUCGCGCCCCGAAGUGCCGCUCGGCGGUGGGAUCUCGUCCUGCCGGAACGCCUAA